AUGGCUUUUAUAGCUCUUCUAUUAUGCAGUGCUCUUGCAUUUGGCUAUAUUAAGGUUCCUUUAGAACGCAAAACCCCUCUCAGUAAUUUAGAUCUCAAAGCUUUUAAAGCAGCAGCAAGCUCUAUAGACCUUGUAACUUCUAAUUCUACAUCACAAAUCCUCAAUGUUGACAAUAUGCAAUAUUUUGGUAGCAUCAGCAUAGGAACCCCUGAAGAAAAAUUUAGCGUGAUCUUUGAUACAGGCUCAGCUUGGCUUUGGGUUCCAUCUAUUCAAUGUGAGUCUUCUUGCCAUGAAUCUUCAAAUUAUUUUGAUAGCUCUGAAAGCUCCACAUAUGCAUCAUAUAAUGAAACAAUCCAACUUUCAUAUGGCCAAGGAGUUGCACUUGGAGAUAUUGGAUAUGAUAAAGUCUCUAUUGGAGAUACCUAUACCCUUUCUGUAUUAAACCAGUCCUUUGUGACAAUAAAUCAAGACCAAGAUUUUGAAGCUUUAAUGGCAGAUGGAAUUUUAGGCUUAGGAUUCAAGGAGCUUUCUAAUAACCAGUCAACACUCCUAGAUAACUUAAAACACCAAGGCCAAAUCGAAGAGAAGAUUUUUUCUGUUUAUUUGACAGAUAAUUGAUUUCAGGCUGGACCGACAGAAGGAUCUGUAGUAAUUUUUGGGGGUUAUGAUUUGAAAACUUAUGCUAAAGUGGAUGAAAUUGAUUAUAUAAAUGUUUUAGAGCAAACUGGAUAUUGGGCAGUGCUCUUAGAUGGAAUUAAAAUAAAUGAUGAUCAUUUAGCGAGUACAACUUUUGUAGGGAUUGUUGAUACUGGAAAACCGGGCCUCAUAAUCAUAAAAUGGAGAAUGAAUUUAGAUAGCGAAAAUUUCAUAUACGUCGUCAAGCUUAAUCAAUGUCCCUUAUAAUGAUGCGAAUGUAAUAUUUACGGAAAUUUCUAAUAGUGGGGCGUGCCAAAUUGCAAGUGGUUUUUUAUUUUGCGACUGUGGAUAUCAAAACAAAUUAGAAGAUUACCCCAAAAUUUCAUUUUUGCUAGGGUUGUCGAAGAGAUUUACAUUGGGGCCUGAGGAUUAUUUCUUAAAACAGGGGUCUGAUUGUUUGCUUCUGUUUGCAGCUUCUCCUUUUGAUAGUGUAUGGAUAUUGGGAGAUGUGUUUUUAAGAAAGUAUUACACCAUUUUUGAUGCUGAAAACUACAGAAUUGGGUUUGCAAUUUCAAUUGAUUCUGAGGACAGUGCACAUUUUUGGAGUUUCAAUCUUUUCUUAGCAUUAAUUUAUCUUUAUUUAUAA